CUUCAUCCAAAUAUUUAUUGUGUGUAUCUCUCCUACUCUUAUGCUAUAUCAGCUGCAAUGCCUCAUAGAAUAGCCUCUCCAGGCUACCGCGGCGGGCUCUCUGAAACCAGUCCCUCUUGUUCUUGCUUGAGAGUUGAGACUUGAGAUUCAUCCUGUCAUACAAUUCCUCCGCACCUUUUCUGUGCUUCUUCUCUUCCUGCUCGCCAAAUAAAUUUCUACAGUUACCAGUUACUACAACGUAGAAAGAUUGCAUGAUUUCCGCAAGAGUAUAAACUUCCCCUCUCCCUAUGGCCUCCUAUUCGACUUUCUUCCACCCACAUUCAGUCGUCUCCAGGGCAGAAGAAAAAUCCUAUCUUUGACUCACUGGUAUCGUCUUUACUCUUUCAGUCUCGGUACAUUUCAAAGCCAGAAGUUCUGUUAUAUUCAGCAUAUCCUAAACGGACCUAUACGCAUCAACAGAUAUGGACGAUGCAUCCGGUUCAUUUGCACAAACAGAAGAUCAGUUCUACAUUCUGUACUUAAUCAUUGGCACUUACUUUGGACCUGAUCUCAAAGAAGAAAAGGCUAAGAAGUCUGCUUUGCGAAGGAUGUUUGAAGCCUGUCCCCCAUAUACUUCUAACCAAUUAGCUGGCACAUGCAUCCGGACUUCUGAAGUAGAGAGGCUUUAUUAUUACAUCCUCAGAGAGGCAGAUCAGUCUGUCAUUCUGCCACUACCUUUAUUUUACCAGUUCUUUCAUGGAAUUCAUCUUACUCCGAUACAAGGCUUUGCUGCAUCUUACCCUAAGUUCAGCGAGCUUUUCCCUCCUGGCUUACAUCACCUUGUACGCGCUUACAAUGGGUAUCAUGUUAUUGAAAACAUUGUAUUUGUUAAUGACCCUGAUGUAAGCUACAUCACUCCCAAGUGUUUGGAAAGGUACAAAAAGCUGACAGGUCUACAAAAUUUUCUCUUGGAUGGAGGUCUGUCUGGGCCAGAAGUUCUUCCCCUGCCUGCCCAUAAUGGAUCACUUACAGGUACACCGUAUGAUAGUAACGGGCAAUUUGCUAGAAAUUCCUUGGACGGUCACUUAAAUGGUCCAAGUCCUUUAACAUGCCCUUCUAAUGGUCUUUCACCAUCAAAGACCACUUCUGUGGAGGCUAUGCUUGUCCUUCCAAUGCACCCUUCUGCGGAAGCGUUAAGUGACAUUGUCGCUGCCAACAAAAGGGGGUAUGCAAUAACUGGAAGUGCAGCAAGUGGGAAAAUAGGGCCAGUUUUAGGACUACUGGAUAUUGGAGAUUGUGAGGAUGCUUACUUGUUUCGUAUAUCACUUCCUGGAGUAACAAGAGAUGAAAGAGAGUUUAGCUGUGAAGUGGAGAAUGAUGGCACUGUGAUAAUAAAGGGAGUGACAACAGGCGGGGAAAAAACGGUUCACAGGUACUCUCAGAUGUUUGAGAUGCAAACUCAGAACCUUUGCCCAUCCGGAUAUUUUUCUUUGUCUUUCAAGCUGCCAGGCCCCGUAAAUCCUCAAAAGUUUUCUGGUACAUUUGGUACCGAUGCAAUUCUUGAAGGAAUUGUUAUGAAAGCGGGACAGAACAAAGUGUAGCCAAAUAUAAAUGCAAGUUACUAAUGUAGCAACUAGCUAGGUAUAGAGUACAGUAUUAAGGAGUGCCUUUUAGAAUCCUAUAUCAGAUGAUGCACUGGUAUCAAAUCAUUUUACUUUUUUUUAUGUGCUUUUAAGAAUUUUAUCUCUUCAUUUUUGACUUCUUUGAAAAAUGUUUGACCCUUGACUCCCGAAGCCAAAGGAAUGUUGGCCCUAGAGGUCUACAACCUUAAUGGAGGUUAUUCCCAUUUUAAAAUGCACGCCAAACAGCCAUUUUUGUCUUAGAGAGUAGGUUGCUUUAGAUAGCAUGUAAUCUCAAUCUCUAAUCACAUAACUAGGUG